AUGUUAAUUCUUGUUGGAAAAAAAUUAAAGGAUUUAAGUGAAUUUACUCAAGCAUAGAAUAAUGAAAUCAAGCAUUUAGAUGUUUCUGUAUUAAUUCAAUAUUAAUUUAAUAGAACAAUUUGCUUAAAUCUGGAAAAGAAUUUGCAUAUUUUCAAAAUUUAGAGACUUUGAUAAUUGAUAAUAAUUAUUAUUUUAAUCUAUAUGAUUUUCCUUAACUUCCAUAAUUAGUAACUCUUAGUGCAAAUAAGAAUAAUUUUAAUAAUUUAGAAAUGUAAUUUUGAUUUAUUGAUAUAUAUAGUUUUAUUGAAGACUGUAAAUCAAAGUUUCCAAAAUUAACACAUCUGAGUUUAAUAAAAAAUCCCAUUUGUCCUAUGUUCAUAGGUGAAGAGGAAUAUUAAACAUAUAGAUCUACUCUUAUCAAAUAAUUGAGAAAUUUAAAAAAUAUAGAUGGAACUCCAGUUAAUCCAAAAGAAGUUGAUCCAAAUUAUUUUAAAUAAUAAUAAAUUUAGGAAUACUAAUAGCAAUAAUUAAAUGUAAUUUAAUCAUACAAUUAGAAGAAUCAUAAUGAAGUUAAAGGAACAAUAGAAUUCAACUAAAAAUAUUAAAAACCUAACCCUUAAACUAUUAAAAAAAGAAGUGAAGGCAAUAGAUUUGUUAAGAACAACCAAUUAUGA